UCCAAACUAGGAGUUGCUCAGCCAGAGGCCGGCAGCCUGGAGCUGGAGCCAGACCCUGGGGCUCGCCUGCCCACAGGGUCUCCAGCCCCCAUCUGCUCACCCACCUCCUGCCUGCAAUCCUGCCUUCCAGAUCAGCCACCAGCCCGCCCCUGCAUGGAGACUUUUUUUAGGAGACACUUCCAGCGGAAGUCCCCAGGCCCUGGAGAGGGGCAGCGGCGGCCCAGCAGCGUGGGGCUGCCCACGGGCAAGGCGCGGCGCCGCUCCCCUGCCGGGCAGGCCUCUUCCUCGCUAACACAGAGGCGUCGCUCCAGCGCACAGCUCCAGGGCUGCCUCCUGGGCUGUGGGAUGCGGGCCCGGGGCACCCGCCGCAGAUCCAGCACCGCGCCCCCUGCCUGCAACCCCCGCUUCACCGUGGAUGAGGUGCCCACCCCACAGCCUGCCACUGUUGGGGCCCAGCUUCUGGGUGCACCCCUGCUGUUGACCAGGCUUGUGGGCAUGAGUGAGGAGGAGGAGGAGGAGGAGGAGGAGGAGGAGGGGGUCCAAGAGGAGGAUGUGACAGUUGCAGCAUUGAGUGCCAUCCAGCGAAGCACCAGUAGACCAGGGCCAACCCCACACCUGGGCACACGGCCCCUGCUGCCCGUGCCCCGUUGCCUGCGUCGAGCCUCCUCCCACCUGCUCCCUGCUGACAGGGUGUAUGACUGCGCCCUCUGGGGCCUGCAGGGUUACUAUCGGCGCCUCAGCCAGCAGCGGCCCUCAGGCCAGCAUCCUGGCCCUGGGGGCAGAAGAACCUCAGGCGCCUCAGCUGGCCCCAUGAUGCCCGCCCGUGUGCGCCCACUGUCCCGCAGGCGCCAGGUAGCCCUACGGCGCAAGUCGGCCGGACCCCAGGCCUGGAGCGCCCUGCUUGCGAAAGCCAUCACCAAGUCUGGCCUCCAGCACCUGGCACCGCCUCCUCCGGCUCCAGGGGCCCCGUGCAGCGAGCCAGAGCGGCAUAUCCGGAGCAUUGUGGACUGGAGUGAGUCCGCGACGUAUGGGGAGCACAUCUGGUUCGAGACCAACGUGUCGGGGGACUUCUGCUAUGUUGGAGAGCAGUACUGUGUAGCUAAGAUGCUGCAGAAGUCAGUGUCCCGGAGAAAGUGUGCAGCCUGCAAGAUCGUGGUGCACACCCCCUGCAUUGAACAGCUGGAGAAGAUAAAUUUCCGCUGUAAGCCGUCCUUCCGUGAAUCAGGCUCCAGGAAUGUCCGUGAGCCAACCUUCGUGCGGCAUCACUGGGUACACAGGCGACGCCAAGAUGGCAAGUGUCGGCACUGUGGGAAGGGCUUCCAGCAGAAGUUCACCUUCCACAGCAAGGAGAUUGUGGCCAUCAGCUGCUCCUGGUGCAAGCAAGCAUACCACAGCAAGGUAUCCUGCUUCAUGCUGCAGCAGAUCGAGGAACCCUGCUCCCUGGGGGUCCACGCUGCCGUGGUCAUCCCGCCCACCUGGAUCCUCCGUGCCCGCAGGCCCCAGAACACCCUCAAGGCCAGCAAGAAGAAAAAGAGAGCAUCCUUCAAGAGGAAAUCCAGCAAGAAAGGGCCCGAGGAGGGCCGCUGGAGACCCUUCAUCAUCAGGCCCACCCCAUCCCCCCUCAUGAAGCCCCUGCUGGUGUUUGUGAACCCCAAGAGUGGGGGCAACCAGGGCGCUAAAAUCAUCCAGUCAUUCCUCUGGUAUCUCAAUCCCCGACAAGUCUUUGACCUGAGCCAGGGAGGCCCCAAGGAGGCGCUGGAGAUGUACCGCAAAGUGCACAACCUGCGGAUCCUGGCGUGCGGGGGCGAUGGCACGGUCGGCUGGAUCCUCUCUACCCUGGACCAGCUGCGCUUAAAACCGCCACCGCCUGUUGCCAUCCUGCCCCUGGGCACUGGCAAUGACUUGGCCCGCACCCUCAACUGGGGUGGGGGCUACACUGAUGAGCCCGUGUCUAAGAUCCUGUCCCACGUGGAGGAGGGGAACGUGGUGCAGCUGGACCGCUGGGAUCUCCACGUAGAGCCCAACCCGGAAGCAGGGCCUGAGGAGCGUGACGAGGGCGCCACGGACCGGCUACCGUUGGACGUCUUCAACAACUACUUCAGUCUGGGCUUUGAUGCCCACGUCACCCUGGAGUUUCAUGAGUCUCGAGAGGCCAACCCAGAGAAAUUCAAUAGCCGCUUUCGGAAUAAGAUGUUCUAUGCCGGGACAGCCUUCUCCGACUUUCUGAUGGGCAGUUCCAAGGACUUGGCCAAGCACAUCCGCGUGGUGUGUGACGGAACUGACCUGACCCCCAAGAUUCAGGACCUGAAACCCCAGUGCAUUGUUUUCCUGAACAUCCCCAGGUACUGCGCAGGCACCAUGCCCUGGGGCCACCCUGGGGAGCACCACGACUUCGAGCCCCAGCGGCACGAUGACGGCUACCUCGAAGUCAUCGGCUUCACCAUGACGUCCCUGGCAGCGCUGCAGGUGGGCGGGCAUGGCGAACGGCUGACACAGUGCCGUGAGGUGGUGCUCACCACAUCCAAGGCCAUCCCGGUGCAGGUGGAUGGCGAACCCUGCAAACUGGCCGCCUCGCGCAUUCAUAUCGCCCUGCGCAACCAGGCCACCAUGGUGCAGAAGGUCAAGCGGCGCAGUGCCACCCCCCUGCACAGCGACCAGCAGCCAGUGCCUGAGCAGCUGCGGAUCCAGGUGAGCAGGGUCAGCAUGCAUGACUACGAGGCCCUGCAUUACGACAAGGAGCAGCUCAAGGAGGCCUCCGUGCCACUGGGCACUGUGGUGGUCCCAGGAGACAGUGACCUGGAGCUGUGCCGCGCCCACAUUGAGAGGCUCCAGCAGGAGCCUGAAGGUGCUGGAGCCAAGUCCUUGACAUGCCAGACACUGUCCCCCAAGUGGUGCUUUCUGGACGCCACCACUGCCAGCCGUUUCUACAGGAUCGACCGGGCCCAGGAACACCUCAACUAUGUGACAGAGAUCGCACAGGACGAGAUUUAUAUCCUGGACCCAGAGCUGCUGGGGGCAUCGGCCCGGCCUGACCUCCCAACCCCCACUUCCCCUCUCCCCACCUCCCCCUGCUCACCCACACCCCGGUCACUGCCAGGGGAUGCUGUACCCCCUAAAGGUGAAGAGCUGGUUGAGGCUGCCAAGAGGAACGACUUCUGUAAGCUCCAGGAGCUGCACCGAGCCGGGGGUGACCUCAUGCACCGGGACGAUCGGAGUCGCACGCUCCUGCACCACGCGGUCAGCACUGGCAGCAAGGAAGUGGUCCGCUACCUGCUGGACCACGCCCCCCCAGAGAUCCUUGAUGCUGUAGAGGAAAAUGGGGAGACCUGUCUGCACCAGGCGGCAGCCCUGGGCCAGCGCACCAUCUGCCACUACAUCGUGGAGGCUGGGGCCUCGCUCAUGAAGACAGACCAGCAGGGUGACACCCCCCGGCAGCGGGCAGAGAAGGCUCAGGACACGGAGCUGGCCGCCUACCUGGAGAACCGGCAGCACUACCAGAUGAUCCAACGGGAGGACCAGGAGACAGCCGUGUAGCUGAGGCCCUCGCUGCGGAAGAGGGGCCAGAACCCCUCCUCGCCCACCUCACUGCCACAUUCCAGUGGGACAGCCACGGGGGGACCCAUGCCCCAGGGAAGGAGCCCCGUGCUGCCCCCUGAGGAGCUACCCAGACCUAGGGCUGGACUCUGAGGAGCUGGGCACUCACCUGCCCCCCCCCGCCCCGAGCCUCGGCCUGACCUGGAGGCUCACAGGAGCAGGAAACUGGACUGGACUGGGCGAGACUUUGGCGGGCUGAGGCUACACCCCUGCAGAGUGGGAUGGCGGGCUGAGGCUACACCCCUGCAGUGGGCUGGCGGGCUGAGGCUAUGACCUGCAGACUGGCCCUCACCCACUGCAGUGGGUGCCCUCCCGGGAGUUUAGGGGCCAGAGGAGGGCAGAGGGGCCUGAAGCCCUAUCAGGGAGCCUUCCCUAAGCCACCUGGUCCUUUAGGGCCCCUGCUCUGAGGCCCCUGAGAGCUCAGCCCCCUCCCCUGACCUGACCCCACCUUCCCCAGUGCUUCCUCCCAGAAAUCCGGAGCCUGCUGCAUUUGCCUGCCCGCUGCCCUGCUUGGCGCCUACCCCACGGACCCUCCCCAGUCAUUUCAUUGCAGACUGUGUGGCCUGGGGUUGGGGUGGGGCUUCACGGUGACAUGUUUACAGCUGGGUGUGACUCAGUAAAGUGGAUUUUUUUCCUUUC